AUGCUCCUCUACACCUCCGAAACCAGCGCCGAAAAGGUCGACGUCCUACUCACCAAAAUCACCUCCCUCCCACACCACCCCCUCGCAACAUCUUGCAAAACAGACCUCUCAUCCCCCUCCGCCCCCGCAACAGUUCUCGCUGCCCUGACAACAUGGCUCGGCAGCCCCUCCUCCAAGAUCGACAUCCUCGUCAACAACGCCGGCACGGAGCUCAACGCGCCCUUGGGCACCAUCACAACCGAAAACUUCGCAGCCGUCUACGACCUCAACGUCCGCGCCCCUCUGCUCCUCACCCAGGCCCUCCUCCCGCGCCUCAACCCGGGGUCGCGAAUCAUCAACAUCUCCUCCGUCGGCGCCCGCGCCGGGUUCGCGGGCCUGGGGCUGUACUGCUCGUCCAAGGCCGCGCUGGAGGGGCUGACGCGGUGCUGGGCGCGCGAGCUCGGUGCGGACGGCACGACGGUGAACUGCGUCGCCCCCGGGCCAGUGCAGAGCGACAUGCUGGAGAACAUACCGCGGGAGAUCGUGGAGAUGCAGAAGAGGGAGACGCCGGUGCAGGCGAGGGUCGGGACGGCGGAGGAGGUGGCGAGGAUUGUCGGGUGGUUGGCGAGCGAGGAGGCUUCGUGGGUUAGUGGGCAGGUCAUCAGCGCGAGCGGGGGAUGGGCCAUGUACUGA